UCUUCUUUGGCUCGAGGGAACGUUUCCACUGAUUGUACACAAUCAUCAUGGCGACCCAGGAUGGAACUCAAGUUACAAUGCAAACGGACGCAAAGCCAGAGCAAGAGGAGGAAGACGCACCUCUGGGGGAAACUACGGAGAAGGGAGACUCAGAAUCGGCGUCUGACGCGGGAAACGCCGCCGGUAAUGCCGCCACUCAGGACUCUUCUGGCAUCAGCAACGGGGACGACAACGCCGAGGACGAGGGCGAGAUGGUGGACUUGAAGAUCAUCUGGAACAAGAUCAAAUAUGACUUGAGGAUCCCCCUGGAUAGCACCGGAGCGAAACUAAAAGAGAGGAUCCACUCGCUCACCGGUCUUCCGCCAGCCAUGCAGAAGGUGAUGUACAAAGGCCUGGUCCCGGAGGACAAGACGCUACGGGAGAUGAAGGUGACGAGCGGCGCCAAGAUCAUGGUGGUGGGCUCCACCAUAAACGACGUGCUGGCCGUCAGCACGCCCAAAGAGGUCAUGCAGCAGGAGGUGAAGGCCGAGGAGAACAAGAAGGAGCCGCUAUGCAGACAAAAGCAACACAGGAAAGUUCUGGACAAAGGUAAACCUGACGAUGUAAUGCCGGCUAUUAAAGGAACAAAAGAGCGACUACCGACCGUGCCUUUAUCCGGAAUGUACAAUAAGUCCGGAGGAAAAGUAAGACUCACAUUUAAACUGGAGCAGGAUCAGCUGUGGAUCGGGACUAAAGAGAGGACAGAGAAAGUCCCAAUGGGCUCCAUCAAAAAUGUGGUUUCUGAGCCUAUUGAAGAGCACGAGGACUAUCACAUGAUGGCGUUCCAGCUGGGUCCGACAGAAGCGUCACAGUAUUGGGUCUACUGGGUGCCCACGCAGUUUGUGGACGCAAUCAAAGACACGGUCCUGGGGAAGUGGCAGUAUUUCUAAUGUGCCUCUCAUCAGUUUUGGUUAUGACAAUGAUGAACUGGGACAAAAGAGGAGGAGUUGGGGGAAGAAGUGAGAGGCUGGAGGAAAUGUGUCGGCAUCUUAUCUGAAGGAACGUGACUGACGCCUGCAGACUAAAAUCGGUGUUUUUAGAUUCAGCCCUCCCUCUUGUUGAUCAUUGAUGUGCUUCAGCAAAUCCAAGGGAAAACAAUGAAACAAUUGUACAGAAAUUGAUAACACUUUUCUUCUGUUAUUCUUAAAGAAAUAAAAGUUAUUUAAUAAAUGAAA